UUACUGUUCCAGGGUAAACAAUACAUUUCAUUCUACGCUCCCAUCGGUUCUGCAGGAGCGUCAGUAAAGCCGGAGCGUAUUUUGGACAGCAAACAUCAUCCGAUAAACAUCAUGUACAUAUAUGGUGAAAUUGACCUUGAUCGCCGUGGUUAACGACCUCUCCCCCGUCUGUAGGGUAUACCGUGUGCUGGAAUUGUUGGAAGUGUUUCGGUAUUUCUAUCCUUGACACACGGAAGUGAGGAUAGAGGAGAGUGACAGGGUGUCCACUGUCCACUUGUUAGGGUGAGGAGGAGCCGAAGACGAGCGCAUCUCCACCGCCUCCGACCUCAGACGCACACAGGAACAUGGCUCCGAAAGACGCGCUUCUCGGUACUCUUAAAGUGUGCAUCAUGAAUCUCCAGUCAGACGGGAACGUAGUGACGGACAGCAGUGCGCAUCUGCCCUCCUGCUGCGAGCUGCUGGAGUUCAUCUUGAGGAAAGGACUACAGCAGCCAGUUCUCAGCCUGGUACACCGGGAUUACUGGCACUGUUUCGAGCUCCUCCCCCAGUACGACAGCUGUGGCAGCUUCUCUGCCCUGGCGCUGGCGCUGGACCAGAGCCGAGGGUGUAAGAAGCUGCUGGGCCCCCAGGGGAGAGGGCGCUACCUGCUUCGGCUGGCCCUGAGCCGCCGGGGCCUGGGGCGCUUCGUCACACACCUGCUGCACACGCCCCGGGUCCUGGAGUGGUACAGCUCAUCUUGUUCAAUCCUAAGGAAUGAGGAAUCUGUGGAACCCUUCAUGUCAUUGCUCCUCGUCCUCUCUCAGAUGGACUUCCAACUUGAAAUAGAAAAUUGCAGUUUUCUAGACGAGAGCUGGCUCUUACCUGUAAGAAAACAAUACUAUGAUGGAUUUUACUGCCGAGUCACUGUGUGUGAGAUAUACGAGACAGUGCCCUGUCGGGAACUGGGAAUGGUGCUGAGGUAUUCCUCUGUUUUCCUGGCCCCCUCCCUCAGGUAUCUGAGGGGUCGUGUGUUUGUGUUGGAGCUGUUACCGGGGAGCCAAGCUCAGGUAGACCGCGCCCUCUGCCCCGGGGACAUCAUCGAUGAGAUCAACGGAGUCUCCCUGCGCAACUCCAAGAACGGACAAGCGGGCGUGGUCCUCUCCAGGCUGAAGGGCCUGCCGCUGUCCCUGCGCGUGCUGCGCUGGCGGGCCCGUGACGGCUCCUCGUACCGGCCCCUGAUCAAGCUCCUGCGGGAGCUGCGGACGGAGAACCCCGCCCUGGACCUGGGUCUGGCCCCGUCCGCACCCCCCCAGGCCGGCCCACACCGCCCCCCCGCCUCCUCCACGCUGUGCCUCAGAGACGGAAGGAUUGUGUAUGUUCUGCAGUACUUGGGAAAGGCCAAUAUUGGAAUGUGCGGUGGCAAGGAGAUUCUGCAACAGGCCAUCCCACAAGUGUUGCAGAGGAACCUGCCAAGCAAGGAAGUGUACUUGGACUUGAAGGAAACACAUUUGAUUUGCACAGAAAAAAGCAGUAACACGGAACUUUUCCAGCAUCACUAUCCCGAGAUCUCAUGUGUUGGAAGGUUUGGCAAACCAGACUAUACCAUCUUUGCGUUCUGCGUGGCAGACUCCCCAGAAACACAUCUAGCGCCUGGCUUCUGCUGUGUGGCGCUCAGGACAAAUCUGCCAGCCGAGUGUGAAGAGCUUGUCUGCCGAAUAGCUACAGGGUUCAAACACACAGAGUGGUUUGUAUGACGGUCAUGAACAGACUCCCUGGAGAACCCAAGUAUGACGUCGUUGUUCAUGUUGAUGUGUAGAUUAAAAAUGGUUUUGAAUUAACAGUCUAGCACCCUCAUUGCUCACAUUAAAAACACAAGACAUGUUGUACUCGUAAAGAACUUUACUAGAAAGACAUGUGACACCACUUCAUAAAUAGUAUUAAAUGUAGCUGCCAAGAUUUUUAUGUUGGAAAAAUAACAUGUAAAAAGCCGUCAAGAAAAAUACAGGCGGGUUGUCUCCGCUGGGGAGCGUGGUGUACAGUGAACUGUUAACAAUAACCGAACGCUACAUCGAAACAGGCUGGUGGAGG